AUGUUCCUCCACACCUCAGCUUGCACGGCAAUCCUACUCGCCGUUUCGGCAGUGGCUCAGAAGCUGAACCCGUGGCCGCAGCACAAUUUUGGUGGCUUUGGACGUUACACAGACGGUGACAUCAACACAACCGAAGAGAAAGAAUAUAACCCCUAUGAUGACGGCGGCAGCUUCUCACUGCUAUUCAACGACUAUGAGACACUCAGCGGGCUAUACAUACUGUCUCCCGAUGACGACUUCAUCACCGACUACAACGUUGCUGGGGUCAUUGGCGACGAUUAUGCGCACUUGGAGGUCGGCAGGAUAUGCGGCGCGACUGGGAACUUUACAUUCGUGCCUCUGAUCAAUCCCAGAGACGGAGCUCCUCCACGGUCAAACACGUGGUCGAUCGUUGUCACUGGGACAGAACAAAACUCCACGACUUAUGUUAUCAACGAGAUGUGGCCUGUGUUUCCUGGAGACGAGGUCUUUGACCCUGAGAACACAUCUCCCUGCCCAGCGUCCGGCUCCAAUUGA